GCUCCCCGGGGACACUGGGUCCGUCCCCGCCGAGGAACAGCGGGAGCGCGAUCUGCGGCCGAGGCAGCUGCCAGGGGACGGGGAGCCCGAGCAGCCGCACAGCUCCCGCGGCUGCAGACCCCGCCCCGCCCGGGCUUCCCCAGCCGGGCGCCCGCCCCUCCCCGCCUCAGAGGCGGGGCCGCCCCUUCCAGACCCAGCCAGCCGAUCGCCUCGGCCCGGCCUCCCGCUGCCGCCAUUCGCAGCCAGGCGGAGAGUCGGGCCCCGCGGCGCCGGCCCAUCCAUCGGCCCGGGCUCGUGGCGUCUCGGCUGCCGGCUCCACCUUCCGACGCGCCCCUUCAAACGGCGGCGGGGCCGAUGCAGCCCGCGGGCUCCCCGCUGCGGCUCCUCUUCCUCCUCUCGCUGGCCAAGGCGGCCAGGGCGAGCGGGGCGGCGGCGGGAGCAGAUAAAAACUGUAGCCAUUUGAAGGAAACGGACGUCAUCCAAAAACCAGAUGCAGAUUGUUACUGUUAUAUGCAAAAUGGAACAAUGAACUUAAAAUAUAUUUGGUCAGCUCUUCAGGUGAAAAUUAACAGCACAGAAAUGUUCAAGUUUGUGCCUAUCUCAGCUGAAAGCAAUUGUCAUAAUUCAGAAACUAUUUUUGCAUUUUUCAAGUGUGUUGUUCAAAUCAUUUGGCGAUCAGAGGCAUCUAAAGAAACUGUCAUAAACAUAAACCAAUAUGGAGAGAAUGUGUGUUUCACAGUCCAACCCUACAAGAAAGUACCCUACACCGUGAGUGUACAACGAAACAUGGUGGAUAGGAAACUCAUCCUUUUGUUCGUAGCUGGUGUUUUACUGUUCCAUUUUGCAAACGCCUUGAGUAGGAGUGCUAUGUUCUAUUACUCUGCUGGAGUGGCAUUGGGUGUUCUUGCUACGCUAGUCUUUCUCCUGUUGACACUUAAAAGAUUUAUUCCAAAGCACAGCACCUUUGGGAUUUUAAUGAGUGGCUGCUGGAUGUCCUCUCUCUACUUUAUUUACUGUUUGCAAGGGGAAAUGAAGUGGCUGUGGUCUGAAUAUAGAAACUACUUACUGGGGUAUUUUCUGACUGUUGGAUUUAUCAGCUUUGUGGUUUGUUACAAACAUGGACCACUUACCAGUGAGCGAAGCAUAACCCUCUUGACGUGGACAUUACAAUUAAUAGCCUUUGUCUUGAUUUAUUUUGGUGUCACCAUCCCACAGGUUGCAUAUGCAGUAAUAGCUAUCAUCCUCUGUUCAAAAGGCCUGUGCUAUCCCCUUGGCAUGGUCUCUUUUGUGGGCAGAAAAAUCAAGAAUUUUUUUAAAUCAAAAAACCUAGUCUUUCAGCUUCUUACUGAAGAGGAAUACAGGGAGCAGGGGGAAACAGAGACUGUGAAAGCCUUGGAGGAGCUACGCUCAUUCUGCAGGAGUCCAGAUUUCUCAUCCUGGUUAGCUGUGUCCAAACUGCAGUCUCCUAAAAAAUUUGCAAACUUUAUUUUGGGAUCUCCCCACGUGUCACCUGCAGAAGUGAACGCAUAUGAUGAGCUAUAUGGCAUUGGAGGCUCCUUCUUGGAACAGCAGCUCUUUAGCAUAGAGCCAGAGCCGAACCGACUAGCUAAUUCCAUUCAGGAGGAUGAUUAUGAAGAUGAUGAUGAAAUGCAGGAACAAAACGAAAGUGAAAAUGUUUCACACUCCAACAGUAUUGGAUUAUUCUGAACCAUUGGAAAAUCCCCUGUAAGGGAAGAAAAUGAAAUCAAGUUGGAAAGGAAGGCUACCUAGGCUAAAUGCGUGCUGUCUCAGAGAGCCCUACUUCUGACUUGGCUGUACAGGGCAACCAAGAUUCUUUGAAGGAUUUAUUCCCGCUUCACUGUUCAAAACAGUAGUAAGUUGCUUGGUUUCUUAAGUGAAUGUUACCUCCCCUAUUUAUUUGCAGGGCGGGUACGAGGCAGCUGCAGUGCAAACUUGCCCCACCACUGUGCCUCAACUCCCUUGAAGAGACUGUUCUCUCUCCAUGCCCUCAGUGCUGGAAGUGCCAGAUGAAGAAGUCAUUUAUGAUGCACUUUUACUAAGUGCUCUAUCUGCUAAUAAAUUCUUUGAACUCCUUUCCUAAGGUAUCUUGCUUACCGCUCUGAUCUCUCCACUGGGUUCAUCUCACCUUCCACGAGUUUUAAGUUCCUCACCCCUCUCCUUGAGAGCCCUGCACAACUGUGCUCCUCUGCUUUCCCUUAGCCUUUCUACUCUAGCCAAGCCACACACCUAGUCCCCACCAUCUUUGUUUCCUCUCCCACCCAUCUCUGCCCUCUUCAUUGUGGCCUCCUGUGCCAAGGGCCCUUCACCUGAUCCAGUUCUCCAUCUCCUCCUCUGGGAAAUGUGUUUUCCCCAGUGUAUUCUUAUUCUUCCUUUCAGCCUCAAUCUUCCUCCACAACUAACAAAACCCCAAAACAAAAAAACAAAACCCCACCAUUCCAGGCCCACAAGUGUGCUCAGUAAAGGCCACGUAGCCUGGGACUCUAUUAGCUGCUCCAAGGAGUCUCCGUCAGUGUGGGUACCUGGGGUAAGGAUGGCCAGGGAGAAGCUGAACCACCCAUAAGUGGCCCUGGUGUCCUGGGAAUCCACCAGCUUUGGCAGUGGAUCCUGCUGCUCGUUUCAUGAUUGGGAAGAAACCUUGUCCCCAGGACCACAAGCAGGGAGGAAGUGCUGGAUGGAUCCUCCUGGAGAUCCCCUGACCGUGUGACCUUCUCCAGGGUUUACCUCAGGAGGUGAGGAUCUUACCCUGGCAAGAAAAUAAUUAGUCAACUGCCAACAUCCAUACGAGAAUAGGAGAUUCCUUCUGUGGGUAUCUAUCCUCCCCUUACCCCUGUACAAAUGGAAUCUCCCUCUCUGUUGUCCUUCAGACUGUGUCCCUUACCCCUCACUUUUCAUACACACUCUGCGUCCCAUUAACUCCACUAAGUAUCUCCUCGUAGGAGAGCGGAGGCCAUCAUUUCUCCCCCCAACUGCCACUCCAAAUCCUCCAGGAACUGUCCCAUUCCAACAUUCACCUCUUUCUAAAAGGUGUCGCUCUGCAGAACAGGCUGCGCUGUGUUUGAAGCCAGGCUGGCUCAGUGGGCACACUCAAAAGGAUAGUUCCCCUUUGCUGGUGAACAUGCUUGGAGAUGUCUCAGUUGCUGGUCUUUGGGGGAGGGGCGGGCGGGGGUGGACCCAAAUACCAUAAAACAGUGCUAAAAAGAAACAGCUUACCAUAUACAUGGGUGUCUCCUUACACUGAGAAGUCAUCAGAGCUUACCUUUAUAUUAGCACUUCCCAGAGAGAAUUAUAGGGAGAUGUCAGGAGGCUCUAGAGUUUAAAUUAAAAUUUUAAAAUGAGAAUUUUUCUGUUUUUCAGUAAAGAGAAGCCUAACACUUAAACACCAUUAGACCAUCUUGCUCAUUCAGGAAGACAAGCUCAUUCUAUAGCCAUACAGAGGUGUGAGAGAAGAUGAGCCCUACUUAUUAAACUUAUAAACCAAACUGGGACCACGCUUAUGUUAGCAGCAAGAGGGCUCUACUGAACAAGUCUCUAAUUGUCACCAAUAAAAUACAGGGGGCGGGCUGCUAGAUUCACGGCCACAUCUCUCCAUCCCAGUCCUGGCAUCAUAUUGGGCUUGCUUUGGUGCUUUCUACUACUAGCAAGAUAAACGCAACACAUUAGUAGAUACAUUCACCAAACAGUGGUCAGAACCACAGGAGAGGUGGAUAAAGUCCAAGAUCUUUGGCUGCCUUGCAGAGGGGUGGAUCUCUCCUCUAGCACAAUGGCCUUACAUGGCUGGAGGAGGUUUAUGUUACACCUGCAUAGUUGAAGCUAAGUACUUGAAAUGUAUUGUUAUAAAUAUCUGGCCCGUCAAGGAAAGGCAACGUAGUAUGACACAUUUCAGGCUCUCUGCACCAUACUGAAGUAAAGGAUUUUCAGCCACAGUGCUCAGGGAGCUGAAGGUUCACAAUCAUGAUUUUUUGUUUUUAAAGGGACAUAUCUUGUCCCAAUUUAAACCCAGGCAACCCCCUUGAGCUUUAUGAAACAAAGCAGCUAAUAGAUUGGUGAUGAUGCCCCUCCACGAGUAUAUUAUCUUUGCUAAGAAAUGUACUACCCCUUUAAGGGACAGGCUAGAACCUACAGCUAGGACAGCCUGAGGUGUAAUCAAGGAGACCCUGCUCCACCCUAGGGCUGGGCUAUAUAAACAGAAAAGAAACUGAGCAAGAGAGAGGGAAGUAGAAACUGUGCAGGUGAUAGCAGGUGUUUGUUGUUUUCUCUCAGGCUGGUCAGUGUCCUGGAGCCUAACUAGAGGCUUUGUUUAUGGAUUUAAAUUUGGGAGUUGAAACAGGUUCUGAGGUGAGGCCCUUAUGGGUGGGUUUUAAUUUAAUUACUCCUGUCCUGAAGCCUUGAUAAAAGAGAACUUUUCUUUGUUAGUGUGUGUAAGCUCCCCUCUGGGUGUUAAAGCAAACCUAUUGCCCCCCCAGUCAGGGGAAAUUAAGGGGGGGGCACUGCUGCAGUACCACACUGAGCCACAAGAUGAUGUACAGGGACUGCCUGCACCUCCACAAUGAUAUGGUCACAUAUCUCGCUAUUAACAUUAAUAUGUUCACUGAGGGGAAAAAACAUAAUUCAAUACAGUUGAAUUUUUCCUGCACUUUAUCUGUUUUCUGGAUAUUUUUAUAAGAUGAUCAAGUAGGGUGGCUGCUUCAAACACCUCGCCCCGCACCCCCAGGAGAGAAGAGCAACAGCAGCCUGAGAUACACAUGAAUGUUUUAAUGACUAGCUCAAAAAGAACAUUAAAACAAACCUUUAAAGCCUCCAAAUAUCGCUAAGAUCAUGAACUCUGAGGAUUUAUGAAUGUUUAUCUAUGUACUUAUACAUACAUGUACUUAUACUAACCCCCGCCCCCCCCCCCCCCCAUCAGUUUCUGAGCACUUUACAAAACACUGAAAUUUAUCCUCAUGGCACUCCUGUGAGAUAGGUCGGUACUAUCCCCAUUUUAGAGGAGCACUGCGACAGAGUUGAAAGUGACAUCCCAAGAUCACAUACUAAGUCUUUGUGAGAGCAGAACCCAGAUCUCCUAAGCCCCAGGCCUGUGCCUUUACCACUAGAGCAUCCUUCCUCCCUUAACAAAGGCUUGUAUACUAUUUUAUCCUCUGCUUCAUUUAUUUUUUUCAACAAUUUCAGGUUUUGGAAAUAUAUGAAUUUCAUGUACAGUGCACUCGACAUACUACACCUCUACCCUGAUAUAACACAAAUUCGGAUAUAACGCGGUAAAGCAAUGCUCCAGGGGGAUGGGGCUGUGUACUCCGGCGGAUCAAAGCAAGUACGAUAUAAAGCGGUUUCACCUAUCACGCG